GGUUACGUGUAAAGAAAUGUUGAAAGAAGUACAAUUAGUCGGAAUAGCGAAGAAGAAAGUAAAGGUAGCUUUUUACAACUUUUCUAGCUGGACCUGUAACGAAGAUUUAAAUAACACAUUUCGAAGAUUUCCUCUAAUUCGUCGAGCAAAAUUCAAAUGGUUCGGUCCACAGUUGCAGACGAGUUAUUUCGUUCGAAUGAACGUACGAAACGAAAGAUAUUUUUACGGCGAGUGUCGGACUAUUUUAGCUUUCGAGGCAUUGUAAGUUGAAUUUUAGUUGCGGUGUCGACAAAUCAUUGAUUCAGUGACAGUGAAUUUUCUUUUUUCUGGGUGUGAUGCGAAUGCGCAGAAACUUUGACGUCAAACGUUCCCGCUGAACGAACAGGACCUUCCGGCUGCCAUGGAUAUUGAUUUUCCUUGGGCUUCAAGGUUUCUGGAGCAGCUGUACCCAUCCAGCGCAGACUCCGGCUAUUCUCAAUAUGGCUGUCUAUUGUACCCAAAUCCGCUCGUUUUGCGUUGCAACGCGCUCGCCGCCAUACACCAGCAUGCGAUCAAUGCGCCAAGGACAUCAGCCGAUCGCAAUUUAAACAGCCGAAUUUAUUUUCGAAUGUGACGCGCUAGACGUUAUCAACAUGGCCGAUACAUGUACCCUGUCACGUACUUCCUGAUCGUCGCGUCUAUCUCCAUGGUCGUAAGCAUCAAUGGCCAACUGUUAACUACGGAACAUCGAACUCACGCAGCGUCGGAACGAGCAAACGAUUUAUGGUGUCAUCAGUGUGAUACAAUGGAAGAUGGAGAGAGAUGCGCCAAUCUGACCGGAAACUUCACCACUUUCGGGCACAAGUGCACUGGUGACAAAAGGACCUGUAUGGUAAAGCGAUUUUCUUACACUACCAGCACCGAAGAUUCAACGUCUAGUCCACAAACUUGGUCGGUGGAGAGAAAGUGUACUAACAAAUGCGACUCCGGAUGUAUAGUGGUCGGUGAACGAACAAAACUCUCCGCUUGCACCACUUGCUGCGAGAAAUCGUUUUGCAAUAUCGGUACCGGUGCUGCGAACGAUCUGACGAUAAGAGGGAUCGAUCUGUUUCUAGCUUUAGUAUUACAAAUUACAUUAACAAUUAUCAUGUAUCCGUCCUGACAUUGCAGACGAAGUAACACACGAAUGUACACGAGUGUACAUGGAGUUUCAUUCCUUAUGUGUUUCAUAAUAAUAUUACGAUGAAUAUUGAUUAAUAAGUCAAUAAAAUUACGACGAUAUCGAUAAUACGAAGCUCAGAAAUAAGAAAAUAAUAAUGAUGUUCUCGUUCUAAUGAUGUCGAUAAAUCAAAGAACAAUUGAUAAUAUAAAAAGGGGAUGUUCUUAAGAAUACGAUGCUCAUAAUUAUAAUAAUUACAAAUACAAUCAAAUCUACGAGAAUGAGAUUUAAAACACUGCUAAGUUAUUACUCGAUCGUUCAACGAACCAAUGUAAUUUAAAUUGUAAAUUUUAGAAAAAUUGUUAUAGCAAUACACUACCAAUAAAUUGUAUAAAGUAACAAA